AAAGCGGGGAGCAGGAGCGCCGCGCGUCUGGACCGCCAGCCGACGGGGCGGCUGCUGGCCUCCCGGGCCGGGCCUCCUCCGAGCCGCGCGCCAUGGCGUCGGAGGGGCCUCGGGAGCCCGUGGGCGAGGGCUUCAAGUUGUCAGCAGAUGUCAAACCAUUUGUCCCCAAAUUUGCUGGGCUCGGUGUGGCAUGGUCAGAGUCUUCGGAAGCACGUGUGUUCCCUAGCUGUGCAGCCGCCUACUAUCCGUGUGUUCAGGAGCUCCCUGUGCCUGAGCAGAAGCUCUGUACUGAAGAUGUGGCCUUCGGAGCUUCACCUUUCCUACCUCAGUAUUUAUCUUCUGAGCUUGCUCUUCAUCCGUGCCGUUACUCUCCUUACCCCGUGGAGUGCUCACAGAGCGGCUGCCCAGUGCCCGGCUCCCAGUAUGCUUGCGGCCGCCCCAGUGCGUACCGAGGUUUUCAGACCGUGAAGCCGCGAGGCGAGCAGAUGUGCCCUGUCCCACAAGACUCAAAAGCUUUGUUUAAGAAAAAAACAUAUGAGCAGAAGUUUGACAGCAAGAAGGCUGAUGGAUCUCUGUCAUCUGAUAUAAAAUCAGGUAGAGGUUCACAUCCUGUGUCCAUUCACGCUGACGCAAACUUGAAACCAGAUGGUUAUCCGAAGCGAACAGACAGGAAAUCCGGAAUCGUUGAAAAAAGUGGAUCUGCCUCCAAACCUGAGUUUGAAUUUACCAGGUUGGACUUUCCUGAACUGCAGGGUCCGGAACACAGUGAGAUCUCAGAGACAGAGAAGCAGUCCAAGUGGGGGCCUCUGCGCUCCACCUCCGCUGACCUGUCUCUUCUCCGAGAGGUGGUGAAACCCGCCGUGGUGACAACGGAGGGUGAAGGGGUGGUGAGAAGCACGGACGCAGCGGAGACCAUGACCGGCAGCGCUGCGGCUGAUCCUGCCUCCUGUACCAGAGAGUUAUCUUGGACACCAAUGGGUUAUGUUGUUCGGCAGACAUUAUCUACAGAACAGUCAGCAGCCCCUAAAAACGUUACUUCCAUGAUAAACCUAGAGACGGUCGCUUCGUCAGCAGACUCUAAAAGCGUUAGUAUGUCACCUCCUGAAGUUUUAUCUUCAGAUCCUUCCUACAAAGAGAAACACAUCCACUCUGCUAAAAAGUCCAAAGCAUCACAAGGUGGCGAUCCUGAACAGAAUGAAGCCUCAAGAAAGCAUAAGAAAAAGAAAGAAAAGUCUAAAUCAAAAUAUGAAGUCUUGACCGUUCAGGAACCACCAAGGAUUGAAGAUGCCGAGGAGUUCCCCAAUCUGGCAGUUGCGUCUGAAAGAAGAGACAGAGUAGCAUCUCCGAACUUUCAGUCUCAGCAGCAGCCGCAGAAUAAUUUUAAAAAUAGUGGAAAGAAGAGCCAGAUUCCAGUACAGUUGGAUUUGGGAGGAAUGCUGGCAGCCCUGGAGAAGAAGCAGCACUCGCAGAGUGCAACGCCGUCCUCCAGACCUGUGGUGGUCUCAGGUAAGAGCGGCUCUUCGUCUCUGGGGAAAUGGCUGAGAGUCUCUUCCAGAUAGGCUGCUCUGUGACUGUCUUAUCUUUAAUCAGAACAGCAUGGUACUGGGAUAUAAUGGAAUAGGUUGGGAGUCCAGAAAUAAACCCACAUAUCUCUGGCCGGUGAAUUUUUGACCAAAAUAUGUUCAUUAAGAGAACAAGGAGCGGUUUUGAAAAAUGGUGCUGGGACAGCUGGAUUUCCACGUGCCAGGGAAAGCUGGGCUCCUGCCACACACUGUAUGCAGUGGUUAAAGUGGAACAAUGACCUAAAUAUAAACACUAAGCCCAAAAAACCCUUAGAAAAAAACAAAGGUGGGGCGCCUGGGUGAC